UUAUAAUGAGUUAUCGAUGCACGAUUGUCCAAAUUUAUGACCGAAGAUGAUCAAUAACAAUCCGGUAAAUAUAAUGGCCAUUUACAUACACGGUGAUCUAUAGUGACAUGUACAAAAAAACUCUCACUGUUCGCACCAAGACUUUCUUCCCACAUUUCCUCCCUUUCUCUAUCUCCAUUUUUCUUCGCGUAAUUAAUUUGUAUGGGGGAAAGAAAAAAAGAAAGAGGGGGAAAAGAAAAGCGAGAGCAGAUGCGACAUAUUUUGCGACUUCUUUCUUUUCGUCGCGGUGUCUGAGGCGCGACGAUUAGAUAAGGCUCCGGUUCAUAGUACGUCCGAGAUGCAGACCUCAUAAGAGACCGGGAUGCUCGAGGCCCAGCCUCAGUUAAAGCUGCGUGUGCAAACCGACAAUUAAGGACGGGACGAGUCGCCCUGAGUAACUUCUCCGCGAUUGUUGUCAGCAACAGCAUAGCGCCUUAAUUUUCGUGUAUGUUGUGUCAUCUUGUCGCUUUCAUCGCGCCUACAUCCGUUUCUGACGACAGAGAAAGAGAGAUAAUUUUGUCUAUCCGUGAUCAGAGUACGAUUGACUCUCGGGGAGAACUAUCUCAUCUUCCUCUUCCUUCGCUGAAAUAACCGCGCGAGGCGGUUAUUUUCCAAGACCUCUCGGUCUUGGGAAAUAUGAGUCCUGGAUACAAGGAUUUCUACCGAUCGGCUGAACCCUUCGAUUCGUCGUAACCCUCUCGGACGGGGUUUCCAAAAGCGAAACACCGAACGGGAAAAGAUGCCCGCCUGCUCGAGCGAGAGCUCGUCCAGAUUAUGGUCCUCCAGCCCGCCGAUGUCGCGAAGUAGCAGCGCGUCGCCGUCGCUACCCGGCACACCGUUAUCCACAUCGCCACCCCGGACGUCGCCCGUGUCCAUGUUGAAGCGCACGGCGUCGAACGUGAUCGUGUCGCCGUCCAACGCGCCGACCAGCCUCUCCAGGGCAUCGUCGUUCUCGGGUAUGUCGACGGUGAUACUCUCCCAGAGACGACAGCAGCAACGGCAGCAGCAACAGUCGCUAGCGGCAGAUAGUCGGAAUGUCGAACGGAGCGGUUCCAUACUGUCGAGGGUCAUGUUUUGGUACCUCGGACUUCUAUUGGGUCUACUUCGGGGUGUUUUCAACGUCGUCGGCUACGCGAUCUGGGCGCCCGCUCUCUGGGCAUCCGCCUGGGUCUGCUUGUUCUGGGUGGUUCUACAGCUGCCGCUGACCGCCCUCAAGUGGUUCAUCACCUUGCUGCACACCCCGGCGUAUGAGAGAUCGCGCAACAAACGAUGCGUGCUGAUCAGUGGUGGUAGCACGGUACAGGCGGUGCAUCUGGCGCGUAACUUCUACAAGGCCGGCGCCCGGGUGGUGGUGUGCGAUCUCGAGGGCCUGUUCGGCCUGGCCAGAUUCUCCACCGCCUGCUCCAAGUACUACACGAUACCACGGCCCGGGUCCAGGAACGUUGUUGAGUACAUAAAGGCGUUGAAAGAUAUCGUCCAGCGUGAACGGGUGGCUUAUUAUAUACCGGUGAGCGCCGCUAGCACCGCAUAUUACGACGCCCUGGCGAAGCCGCACUUGGAGAUCAUGGGCUGCGAGUGCUUCGUGCCCGAUGCCAGCCAGGUAACCGCGCUGGACGACCCGUUGGAGCUGCUACGUCGCUGUCGCAUGCUCGGUCUUCCGACCCCGCAACACUUUCUGCUCCGAUCGAUGCAAGAUCUGUCCGCGCUCUACGAGCGAAAUGCAUUCCGCACCGGCAGGUACAUGAUGCUGGCCGCCGGUCCCGCGGGAAUGCGCGAUCGCGCCAAGAUUCUGUUACCACCUACUGUCAGGGAGUUCCGGAAUCAGCAGCACGAGAUCAGCGAGAGGCGACCGUGGGUGGUGAUCCGCGACUCCAGCGGAGAUCACUUCAUCACCUGCACCACGCUCAAAGAAUCACGGAUCGUGGCGAACGUGACCUGCCGGGUGGACGAGGACCGAGGCCUAAUCCUCGAGGAACGUCCGGAGAUCACGCGGUGGCUCGAGCAGUUUUUCGCACGUUCCUUCGGCGGCAGGAUCAACGGUCACAUGAGCUUCCGGCUGGCGGUGUCGGAGGAGACGGGUGAGCUGGUGUCCAUCGGCUGUCGCGUGGGCGUGAGCCUGCCCUACAUCUGCCACACGGGGAUACAUCCGCGUUUGGUGUGGAAACCCUGCCGACAUUUCUCCAGGCAGAACUCGGCGUUGGUGGGCACGUCGAGCCGGCAGUUGCUGCCCGAUGCCGUGGCGAGUGCUCUCAAACAAACAACCAGCGAGAUCGCACCCCAUCUUCUAGGCACGGUGCUGGACAAGAGGGAGUCCCUCUUCGUGUAUUGGGAUCCAUUGCCCUAUUGCGCCUACUAUCAUCUCCAAUUGCCGUUCCGGCGUGUCGCGGAGGUUAUCAGGACGCAGCAUAAUCCACCCCUAGCGGUGGUGCAAUAGGACUCUCCCCUAAAACGGGAGCUUCUCUUGUAUUAAGAUCCCUUCUAUUUCGCCUACCUAUUCGUAGCUGCUCUUUAGAAACGUUUCGCAAACGAUCGUCAAGAGAGCUUACAAUUGAUCCUUAUGCAAUCAGGACUGAUGCAAUCAAGGGUUGAAGUGCAGCUAUUAUCUGGACCUCAACGUCGAUCGCGUCUCCGAGAAGAAAAUGUGCCAAAGAGGAGAUCCGCGGACGAAUCCCGGACGAGACCGUACUUAUUUCUUUUUCGUGAGUAAUUGUGUAGAGUGUGAUAUUAUUUAUUGGAGAACAAUGUAUCUGCGCGCAAUGUCCGUGUUUCACACGCCGCUAAUCGGCAAAGUCUCAUCGGCAAAGAACUACGCAUUUUUUUGUCACAUUAUUUUGCAUCGCAUUGUAACAUAUAAGUAAAUAUGAGACUCUAAUAUGAUUCCACGUAUAGAGUGCGUGUGUGAAAGAGAGAGAGAGAGAGAGAGAGAGAGAGAGAGAGAGAGAGAGAGAGAAAGAGCGUAUGCGUGUAUAUAAUUUUAUUUCUACUUGUUAAUUAACGACUAUAAUAUAAACAUAUAGUGAUAAUAUACUUCGUUGAAGAGAGGAGGGAAGAAAUACGGUAGUUUUGUGUCAAUUCAAGAACUAGGAAGUAAAAACCUCGCAAGGGCGCGUUCUCCGACUCGUGCUCGAGAGUCACUGGGGAACCGGUGAUCGCGUUCGUUCGGGGGGUCGCGGAUUUGAACGAAAGUGAGCGAGUUAAAAAUACGUACAAAGGUCAAGUUCGGCUCAAGUAAUCGGCUUGAAAAAGAAAAAAAGAGGAGAAAAAAAGUGACGCAGCGCGCGGCGGCUCGUGCCGUGUGUGUUGCCACUCGAGCUUUUGCCUCGAUUGGGGGAAGAAGCGCGAUUGGACACACAGAUGAAAAAAACAUAUGCUCUCUGCGGGUUGCACGCUAUCAAUACUGAUUAUACUAAACGAGAUACUUAUGUACCGCGUGCGUGAUUAAUAUAUUCCUAUCUCUCUGGUAGACUGGCGCAGCAAUCGCCCGUACAAUAACGGAUGAAGGGGGAAAAGAGGAUCCGAUUCUUCGAGAAACCGGUUAACUCUAAUCUCAUCUCUUUCGUAUAUAUUUUACCGUAAUCGCGCGGCUGCAAUCAUGAGAAGAAUUAUCCCGUCUUCGACUCAAUUUGCUCAAAUCACUACUGAUCGAGUCGAAGAUGCUAGGAGGUCACACCGAUGUGUGAACAUAUUUUAUAUUUAAAACGACGCUUAUCAUCAAGUGCAAGUGUGAGAACUAGCGAUAUUCCGGAGAGGAUAAUCUUCGAUCUUUUCAUCUAUCAUCAUUACCGAAUUAAAAUUGAUCGCGAUUUUUUCGUAAAUACGUAAUAGCAAAGGCAAUCGCUGACAGGACUAUUUAUAAACUAUUGUGCACUCAGCUCAAUAGGUGCCGGCGAUAUAAACGUUGCUUUUAACAUUCACAACACUCGCCGAGCGAGAAACAGAGAGAGUGUGCUCGUUCACCAAUACGAUUGUUUGAUACAUGUUUUGUAAAUGCCAGCGCAUAAUCGAUCGAAGUGGCUUAACCCUUCCGAUAUCGGUUCUUUCUUUUACAUUACAAAAGCAAGAGGUAUUUAUAUCGAUAAGUUCGCGUUUAUUUAUAUCGAUAAAACGCGUUCCGAUUUUUUUACGUUAUGUUAAAUCAGAUUUAACGAUCCUCAUAAUUGAAACAUUAUAUUUCAGUACUUCACAAUAAAACGAAUGAUUAUUUAUUACUUUUUCUAUUCACGGCAAAACUUUUCGAAUGUUCCUUAGGAGCAAACACAUCGAGAUACAUCCUAAUGACAUCGAAAGAAUUAACAAGUAAUAAGUUUGUCUAGAUUAUUGAAUGUAUUUCAUCGCGUAAUUUUCGAUCAUUUUGAAAGAUCAACUUUGAAGAGAGUGCUUCGAAAUACUUCAAGAAAAUGUAAUCUAUAUUAUUUCUCUAAUGAUAAUAUAAUCCAUAUUGUCAGCCUUUCGUUAAUAAAUGUUCCAAAAAACAUUGAA